AUGUUCCAAGCCUCUCAUUCAAAUGAAGCCAUUGAAGAGAUCGAUUUGAGCACCACUUCCGAGCCCAGACUGGCUCAAAACCAGGACCCUCACUUUGAUGUUCAGCUUUACGUGCUAAACCAUCGACAGAGCCGGAAGAACAAUCUCACAGUCUGGCAUCGUAAUGCCGUUGGCUCCUUCCGGGCGGUCGAGUGGACAAGUCGUUUCAUGUAUCGCCAGGACCGUGAGCCGUACUUGGACAGAGAUGGCCAAGUCGAUCAAGAGUGGCCUGAUGAGAAGUGGCAACAAUGGUCUGAGAGAGACUUCCAUCCUGCUGUGGAGGCAUACAAUGACUACAAUGACCCAGCGCCCGAGAUUGUUGUACUCGAAAAUGUUAAAGAGAGCCUCCGAAACGUUAGUGAUGCUUUCAGAGAUUUUCAAGCAAGGCUUUCUCAGGCUCAAAGAGCUCUUGGACUUUCAAUCCACCCUUCAGGUUUGCACGACUCCGACCGUCUGCUAGCUCAGACGAGAUAUGUCUUGAAAGACAUCUUCAGCGACAUGGAAAUCGAUCUACGUACCGUCAACGAAGCCCAAAGACAAUCAGAAGAACAAAUGAAAUCGCUGGGAUUUGCGGUCAAAGCACUCAUCCGAGCAAGAGUUAUUUCUGAGAAGUCCAAGAAGAAAAGAGAAGCAGAUGAUGAGAAGAUGGUUGACACAGUCAAGUUUCUCAAAGAAUGCCUGAACAGCCAUUGUCGACUUGUUGACCUUGUCCUUGGACGAUCAGAGCCUUUGGUACAGCAGGGUACUGAUCUCAUCCAAGCCAUGCUAUCUGAGAUGUUCGGCCUGCCUACCGACGAAAUCAUCGCAGAAAACUUAGAGCCGGAGCUCGCACCCAUCUUGGAAAUGGAGGCAGAGGAAGAGUCUGAAGUCGAAGUACUCUGGGAGAAGACCGAGACUGAAGAUAUCAUGGACAUCGACCAAGACAGCGAGUCCCAAACACAGUUUGACAUGAAUGAAAUUAUUUCAGUCAAGGACCCGGCCAAGCUAGUCUCGAGUGCUAAGAGGAAGAGCAGAAGACUGCUGCAAAAGGAGAAGCACGAGAAAGCAAAAGCGGUUCUGUACCAGAGAUUCGGCCUGUCCAUUGUUUCCGAGCCCUCGACAGAUCAAGAAGAAGCAGUUGAAGAAAGGUGCAACAAACUCAAACGUCAGAAGAGGAUGACCGAUACGCUCUGCGAGUCACCCGAAGGAAAUCUCGCCCCGAUCAAAAAGCGUUCAACCUUGAGACAAACUACUCUCCCUUUCAACAAGGUUCGCAAAAGCAGAAGACUGUUCUCUCGCAAGGAGUUGAGUGAGAAAAACACAGUCAAGGACGUUGAAGAGGCAGAAGAAACAUCUCCAGACUCAGUCAGAAGAUACCCUAGAAGAACUUCUGCCAAACGUCUAGACUCUCGCGAGAAUGGCUUGUUCAUGUACGGAUGGAAGCUUGAGUAA